GUGCCGGGAGGGGGCGGUGCUGAGCCGGUCCUUCCUUUAAAUUAGCGCGUCAUUCAGUCGCCACGACCGGCCUGCUACUGCGUGUGUGCUACGUUCAUUAUUAUCCGGGAGGCAAGCAGCAGCGUGCUCAGACUUUGACAUGGCUGAAAAUGGGGACAAGGACCAAGUGCAAGAUUUGGAUACGAAGAUCUGCCAGCAAAUCGAGUACUAUUUUGGUGACCAUAAUCUUCCACGAGACAAGUUCUUAAAGGAACAGAUCACCCUUGAUGAUGGUUGGGUGCCACUGGAGACUAUGAUCAAGUUUAACAGAUUAAACAAAUUGACCAAAGAUUUUAGCAAGAUAUUGGGAGCACUUAAAAAAUCCAAGUUGGGUCUGUUGGAAAUUGAUAAGGAAAAGUGUAAGAUUAGAAGAUCUCCCAACAAGCCACUACCUGAAGUCACAGAUGAAUACAGAAACGCUGUGAAACACAGAUCAGUCUACAUUAAAGGAUUUCAGCUUGAUGCAACACUAGAUGAUAUAAAAGACUGGCUGGAAGAUCUGGGUCCCGUAGAAAACAUACAGAUGAGAAAGACAUUAGAGAAGACAUUUAAGGGUUCUAUAUUUAUUGUAUUCGAUGCCGUGGAAUCUGCAAAAAAAUUCUUGGAAAAUAGGAACCUCAAAUUCAAAGAUCAUGACCUGAUGAUAUUAUCAAAGGAGGAAUAUAAUGCAAAGAAGAAUGAGGAAAAGAAGCAAAAACAUUCAGAUUCAAAAGUAAAGUCCAAACAGGAGAAGGCAGAUGCACAGAAGCAAGCAGAAGAUGCUGAAAUGAAGUCUCUAGAGGAACAGACCGGCUGUCUCUUAAAGUUUUCAGGUGACCUAGACGACCUGACAUCCAGAGAAGAUAUUCAUACAUUAUUUCAAAAUCAUGGUGAAAUCAAAUGGAUUGACUUUAGCAGGGGUGCUAGGGAGGGUACUAUACUGUUUAAAAGCAAUGCAAAAGAAGCACUGGAAAAGGCUAAAGCUGCAAAUAAUGACAGCUUACAAUUAAAAGAGAAAGAUGUAACCUGGGAGCUGAUGGAGGGUGAUGUAGAGAAGGCUGCACUAAAGAAAAUCAUGGAAAAUCAACAAGAAUCCUACAAUAAAUGGAAAGGGAAAGGUGGCAAGAAAUUUAAAGGCAAGGGACGGGGUGGCAGAGGAAGUGACCCUUCACCCAGGAAGAAAAUACAAUUCCAAGGGAAGAAGAAAAAGUUUGAAAGCAGUGAUGAAGAUGAACUGGAAGAAUCUCCUCAAAAAGAGUCGGAAGUCUCUGCAUCAGCUGAUGUCAAGAAUGGUGCAGAAGCACCUGGAAGUCCAAAGAAGAGGCAGCUGGAGGACAAGUCCACUGAGGAGCCAGAGGCGAAACAGAAGAAGACUGAAGUUGGUACUGAGAACCAGUAAUAUGCUGCUGCCUGUCUUGGAUGCUUUUUGGAACUUUUCUUUUAUAGGGGGAAAACUGUAUUUUUAAGUCUUCAGAUGGUGAAUGUCAGUUGAUUGCGAAUCUAAUGAAAUCCACUUCAAUGUCAACCUGCAAUGAAAGCUUGUUUUUUACUUUGUUUGAACUGCACUUGUAAAUGGCUAUCUUGUACAUGUUUUUAUAUUUAAGUUUUUUUUGUUAAUACAAAUAAAGAACUUCCAGGCCCUGAGUGACAAGGACACAACUUUAAAUCCAACAUAACAAGAUAUUCAAUAAAACAGUAAAUUCGUA